AUGGAUACAAAUGCGCAUCACGCUGCUCAACCCAAGCCAGCUCGUCCACGAGGCACGCUCGGUCUCAAGCGCGCAUCCCACUCGGCCCUAGCCAGCGCUGGCUUUGCUUCUCCAUCUCGCAUCGCCAGGGCCACUUCUACCGAUAGCGUCGUCACUCCUGCCAAAAGGGCCAGACUCGUGCUUCCGACACAGCAGGAACACGAUGAUCAUCUCGAUUCCGAAUCAAUACCCGCAGCCACCGUAGGCGCAAAUGACACACCGCCUUCGCAUGCUUUCCUGCUCAGCCGCAACUCGUCCAAUCAAGCCUCCUCAUCUUCCAACGCAGCAUCACCUUCGUCCAAUAGUUUCGGUCCUUUCUACCUCUGCACCUGGAGAAAGCCACAGCAAAAGAAGCACAAGACCUGGGACGGUGAUGCCAUCCUCGUCGUAAAAGACGCUGGAGAACGUUGCACCCUCAUCUGCUCACAGACCGGCAAGCAACUCGUCGCAUCCGCUCGCUUUGCAUUCAACCGUCUCUCUUUCGGCGACGAAUUGGCGCUCGGUGGCAAAGAAAUCGAGAUCGAUCGAGAAAUUGACCUCUUAGAAUACCGCAAGCUCAUAGCUUUCACCCGUGGAGAGUUAUCACCUCUUAGAAACGCUCCUCCACCCACAGCCACCCGCACCCUCAAGCCCUUUGCUAUACCCACAAGACGUUCCACCAUCAAACCGGUCGAUCUCAAUCAGAUUACUCCUGCUCGAGCAGAAACCUUUUACGGCAAGCCCGCUCCCAAACUCAUCCGCAAACUCCCUGACCUCGACCACGAUCCGUCUGCCUCGCGAAAUACAAGCCCCUCACGCGUUAGCGGACUCAACAAUCCCGGCAACGGUCAAACUCCGCAUCCUCGAUUCGACCCCAACGAACCCGGCGCCAUCGUCAUGAAACGCCCCGACGAGAGACACCAACGUGCUCACAAUCCCAAACGCCGUCCCGUCGUCGACGUCGUCCUCGAUCCGCAACUCACCAAAGCAUUGCGUCCUCAUCAGGUAGAAGGCGUCAAAUUUUUGUAUGAGCGUGUCAUGGGCAUGCAUGCCGACGGCACAAAGGGCAAAGGCGCCAUCUUGGCCGACGAAAUGGGUCUUGGCAAGACGCUCCAAACCAUCGCGCUCAUCCUCACCCUCAUCAAGCAAUCCUGCUAUUACACCUCCAAGUCGUCCACCAUCGAGCGUGCCAUGAUCGUCUGCCCACUCACACUCGUCAAGAACUGGAAGCGCGAGUUUCGCAAGUGGAUCGGCUCCAAUUCUCUCAACGUGCUCUGCAUCGACGAGGAUUGCGGUCGUGAGCAUGUCGAGCGCUUUGCCCGCUCCAAGGCCUACCAUGUCAUGGUCAUCGGCUAUGAAAAGCUCAGGAGCUGCAUCGACAUUGUCAAAACCGCCCAACCGCCUGUCGAUCUGAUCGUUUGCGACGAGGGUCACAGACUCAAAUCCAAGGAUGCCCAGACCACCAAAAUGUUUGACGAGCUAUCAACCGAACGCAAAAUCAUCCUCUCGGGCACGCCCAUUCAGAACAACCUCUCCGAACUCUACGCUAUGAUCGACUUUGUCAUUCCCGAUCUGCUAGGCAAGCCAGAGUCCUUCAAAACCCUCUUUGAGGAACCCAUCCUGCGCUCACGCGCCAAGCACGCCUCCAAGCACGCCAAAGCUGUUGGCCAAGCACGCCUCGGUGCACUCAUGACCGUCACAAAGGACAUCAUCCUCCGUCGCACUGCCGACAUUCUCACAAAGUUCCUCCCACCCAAACACGAGAUGGUGCUCUUCUGCAGCCCGAGUGAGGAGCAGCUGCGCAUCUACCAGGCCAUCCUUGGCUCGAGCCAAGUGCGCUCGCUCCUCCAGGGCGCACCGGGCAACGGCCUUUUACAGAUCGGCGUGCUGCGAAAGCUGUGCAACAGCCCAGAGCUCUUGCUCAAAGAUACCGAAGCAGAUGCCGACAGCCCCACCAAGGCGCUCGUAGGCGACCUGACGCGCUUCUUCCCACCCAAUUUUGUACGCAACGAAGCCAGGUUUGGCGGUAAGCUCAUCUGCGUCAUGAACCUGCUUCAAACGGUCAGGGCACAGACCGAUGACAAGGUGGUGCUGGUCUCCAACUUUACCAGCACCUUGGACAUCAUCGAGGCCAUGAUGAGGAAGAAGCGCUACCCUUAUCUCCGACUGGAUGGAAAGACGCCGCAGGAUGAGAGGAUGGCCAUGGUCAACCAGUUCAACCGCGAAGGCGUUGACAAAUCGUUUGUCUUUCUGCUUUCGGCAAAGAGCGGCGGCGUGGGUCUCAACCUGAUCGGUGCAAAUCGAUUGGUGCUGAUCGACUCGGACUGGAAUCCGUCCACGGAUCUUCAGGCGAUGGCACGCAUUCAUCGAGACGGACAGAAGAAGCCAUGCUACAUCUACCGAUUGCUGCUUUCGGGCACCAUGGACGAAAAAAUUUACCAGCGACAAAUCUCCAAACUCGGCCUAUCAGAUUCCCUCAUGAAUGCCGAAAAGAAGACGACAUCGGACACAUUCUCUCAAGAAGAGCUUCGUGAUAUCUUUACGCUGCAUCUCGAUUCAACGUGCAUCAGCCACCGACAACUCCUCUGCGACUGCGACGGCAAAGGUGGCAGUGCUACACUCGACAAGCCUGAACAGACUUCAUCCGGUACAUGGACCGAUAGCCAAAGCUCGACAAACAGCGACGACGACGAGCAACUGCCAGGAUUUGUUGCUGCAUCGCAGCAUGCUGUCGACAAAACAGCGCAAGACAAGCUGGAAAGACGCAAGAAAUUGCUUGCGCUUUACAAGUGGGCGCAUUACGACUGCGUGCUGCACCCGAACCAUUUUGACCACGACGAGAUCGCAGCUGCCAUCAUCCGCAAUGCUCGACACGAGAGAAGAGCGAACAAGGUCGCAACAUCGCUCGUGAAAACCGAGCCGGACGACGAGUGGAGUCGCAACAUGAAGCAUCGAGAUGACGACCUUGUCUUUUCAUCGGCCGACGAUGAUGAUCAGGAGGAUGAGGUAGAUGAUCCAGCGCUCUCGGGCUUGGGCGGCAGCAGUGACUUCAGAUUGGACGAGGUCGAAGCAGGUCGAAUCUUGUUUGUGUUCGCCAAGAACUCGGACGCGGCCACAGACAAGGCAGCGUCACCUACGCUCACGACUCCGCCGGCACUCGACUAG